AAAAUAAAAUAUCAUAGCUGCCGCGGCAGGCAAAAAGCAAAAGCGCAAAUAGACUAAAAAGAGAUUUCAUAUAUAGAUAAACACAUAUAUAUGGAGACAAUUUAAAAAGAUAGCGACUCAUUUUGUUAUUGGUCCCGUGCGAGCGCUUAACUCAAAGCCCACUGCUGCUGGCCUGGCCUAAACCGUUGUUGGCCCGGUCUGUGUAAUUUGGACGCAAAGCGUUAACAAGUCAGCCAAAAGACCGCACCAACUACAACUGACAGCGAUCAUAACAAUAAAAAAUAGUCAUAAAAAACAAAAAAAAACAGCAGAAAGGAAAAAAAAAACGGCAUCGGGGAUAACAAGGCCAAGCACAAUGUCGGCCUGGUCCGUAGCCAAUUUCGGAUUACUCAACUGGCUGUUGCUGUUGCUGCCGCUGCUGCAAGGCUCGAGCGCUGCGUUAGCCCCGACACCAGCAACAACAACAUUAACAACAACAAUCUCGCCAUCAAAUCUGCUGCCCUAUUUCGACUUUGAUGUGCCGCGAAACUUGACCGUCACCGUGGGCCAAACGGGCUUCCUGCACUGCCGCGUGGAGCGACUGGGCGAUAAGGAUGUCUCGUGGAUACGCAAACGUGAUCUGCAUAUACUCACCGCCGGCAGCACCACCUACACCUCCGAUCAGCGCUUUCAGGUGUUGCGACCCGAUAACUCGGCCAAUUGGACGCUGCAAAUCAAAUAUCCGCAGCCGCGCGACUCUGGCGUCUACGAGUGCCAAAUCAACACGGAGCCCAAAAUGUCACUCUCAUAUACAUUCAAUGUUGUGGCAGAGCUCAAAGCGGAAAUCUACGGACCCAGCGAUCUGAUGGUGAAAACGGGCAGCGACAUUAAUUUAACCUGUAAAAUAAUGCAGGGACCGCACGAGUUGGGCAACAUAUUCUGGUACAAAGGCAGCGAAAUGCUCGAUGGCAAGAACGAGAACGAAAUCGACAGCUCCAUGGCACGCAUACUCGUCGAGGAUGAUUGGUCGGAUGGCCUGACUUCCAGACUAAAAAUCAAGCGCGCGAUGCCCGGCGACACCGGCAACUACACCUGUGUGCCCACCGUGGCAAAAACCUCCAGCGUCUAUGUGCACGUAAUUAUUGGCGAACACCCGGCGGCCAUGCAGCACAAUUCGAGCAGCAACAGCAACAGUUUCUAUUGCGGCAUUUGUUGCAUGCUGCUCAGCAUCGUCUCCUGCUGCCUGCAGCAUUGGUAUGUGAGUGCGGCGCCGGCUGAGACAAUGGCCGCACUGUUGUUGCUGCCACCAAGGCAAUUGUCACAUGCAGCAGCAUCAUCAGCAGCAGCAGCAGCACCAGUUGCAACAACAUCGAGUGCCCGCCCCCGCAACAGCAGCAGCAGCCGCCCUCAAAGUGGGCUGACCCUGGUGCUGUGUGUGAGAUGAAGGAAUGCAGCUGGAUACUAAUCUGCGUGUGCUCCAGGUGCUGGUGAUCAUGGACAUGAUGUUAAUUGAGUUGUAAUGAUGAGAUUUUAGUUAAAUUGAUAGGCAUGUGUGUGCGAUUCGCAUUGAUUUCGUAUCGUAAAUUGAAUGCACUUAGUGAAUAAACAACAAACAUCUUUAGCUCUAAGCGAUUUUGCGUAAGUUAAGCCAAGCAGAACAAACACGAAAUCUACAAGGAAAACAAAAAGCAAACAAUAUAUAUAUAUACACACAUACAAAAAAAAGAAGCCAAAUAACAGAAUAUAUACACAUUUAAACUAUAUAUAAAACUUAACUAUUAUUUAAGCAAAAUGUAGUUGAGCAAAUGCACAGUUCUUAACAAGAGCGAACGGACAGCUUGAACGAAUUAUUUUCGCUGUAAUUCCCAACUGGUUCAAGCAGCGUGCAUUUGUCUCCCUCACACACACUCACCAGCCAAUAGCAAAUCGUUAAAAUUAAUAAAGAAAACAAAAACAUUCUCAUUAUGAAAUAAGACUUACUAGGCUAUAAAUAUGCUUCAAUUCAAUUCAAUUGUUCUCAAUCAGUCAAUCAAUCAAUCCAUGCAGUUCAAUAUUUUGCAAUAUUCUCCCGCUCUCACUUCUCUCUACUUUUCUCACCCCUUUUCUAGCCACAUCAAGCGUAUGCAUACUUCUGAAGCUAACUGUAUUACAUUCAAUUUGUUUACAGCCAUUGUGUACUCUAUUGUAAUUAAUAAGCAUUUAACACAAACAUAAUAUUUGCUGUAAAUAAACGCCAUUUUAAUGUUUAAGGCUCUAUUACAAAUUACAUAAAUACAUAGCUGAAUAUAUAUAUAAAUAUAUAUUUAUAUUCUGAGCUAGUUUUUGGGGUGUGUCGCGAUUCGACUUUCAUUUGAUGCGCACUUUUCAAUCACGGCUAGUGUUCUUUUAAAAGGAAGCUAAUGAAAGUAAAGAAUUUCGGUUGUGCCGAAUAUUAAAUACUCUUGCCAAGAUGGGCAACAAUUUUCUAGCCCGAAUCACAUAUUUAAUUACAUCCUUAAAUGGGCCAACAGCCAAGUCAACUUAGUCCUGUCCGUCUGACUAUCUUUUAGUCUGUCCGUCCGUCCUACUAGACAGUCUGUCCGUAUGUUAUUCCGUCAAACGACUUGAUAUGUUAAUAGUCGCUUCUUCGAUUGCCUGCGGCGAUCAACAUUCAAGUUAUCGAUAGCUGGCUUUGCUUCUUUGAAAUCGAUAAGAAUCGAUAACAAUAUUCUUUGGCUCUCGCAUAUCUUAAAGAAGUCCAGACUGUUGUAUGAAACCUUUUUUUUCUGCAUUUGUUUUAAUAACCCAUAAUUAACUCUGCAAGUGUAUUGUAAAAAUAUUAUGGAAAAGCAAAGUUUAAGCAAACAAAAAAAAAUAUAAUAAUGAAUACAAAAAAUAAAAUAAUUUGUGGCAACUAAAAAGCUGCUCGAUGCAUUCGCAACAGCUCAAUUGAUGGGCAAGAGUUGAACCAAAAGGGGAAGCAGCAAAAAAGUAAGGGUAAACAGCUUGUUGAAGCUAAUGGAGUUUGAUAGUUUAAUCAAACACAAAAGGGAUAUAAACAUUAUGCAUUAACACAGAUAUAUGUAUAUAUAUAUAAAUAUAUAUAUAUAUAUAUAUAAAUGUUUGUGUGGUAACUAAUUAGUUUUGUGCGAUAUAAGAGCAUAUGGAAAUGCAAAUUAAUAAUGUGCUUAACGGAAAUCGAAUGGAAAUGUCGGGAAAAGCGAGCACUGUAAAUAAAUUCAUUAGCAGCGAGUGUAGUUUUAAUUAACUCUUGAAUUAAUAUAUAUGUACACAAAAAAAA